GACCAUAUAGUUGCCUGGGAUCCCAAUGCCAUCACAAUGCGGAAUAUUGUCAGUCAACUAAAAGGAUACGAUGCUAAAGGGUUUUGUUUAACAGCUCAUUGAUGGAAAUAACAAAAACAGAAACUGUCGCCCGUGAAUCCUGAUUGGCCAGAGUAGACUGGAUAAAUAGCGGUAUCCAGGUGGAUCCGGGACUGUCGUCUGUACACUGUGACUUUCGGUUUCUACUGUAAGAAACGCGCAGGACCCAAAAUGCAGGACAGAGACAGCGGUGUAUGGAAUUCAGAAAGAGAUCUUUGAUUAAACAGCAGGGGGUGGUAGGAACCAGGGCAGGAUUGAAGCAGGGACCCUGAGGGUUGGUGAGGAGGUGGUCCGGAAUCCGGCUUGGCGUGGCGCUGGAAGGGAUUCCUUUGGCUCCGGCUGGACCGGAAGGUUGGAGCUGGGGAGUGUAGCCUCUGUAGUUCUGUCUUCUGUGGACAGUACUCACUGACAGAGCAACGCCAGCUUCCUGAAGAGUAUUUCUGAUCUGUCUGACAGGUGUUUGGAGGUUUUUCCUCAAUAUGGUGAGAGUUCUUCAGUCAUCACCUGUAGAGCUCUUCCUUGGCUUACCAGGCCCUUUGUGAUUGAACUCACCAGUGCUCUCUUAAUGAUGUUUCAAAAAAAUCAUUUUGGUUAGCUUAAGGUUUAGCCUUUGCCUCUGACAGUUGUUUUCUUAUUUCUCAUUCUCAUAGUGGAUUGGCACAACUCUGGUCCUCAUGUUGGCAAAUGCCAAUAACAUACUCCAAAGGCGAUCAAAGGCCUAGAACUACUGGAUACUAAAGGCUCUCUUAUAUCUGCAUUAAGAAGACAACUGAAUGCAUCUCACUCUUCCAGAAACGCCCGUGAAGCCAUUUGUCCCAAACAUUACGGUGCCCUGAAAUGAGGGCCUGUGUGUAAAAAGUUCUGUCAUUUCUACACGGUGAAACCAAGGUCUAAAUCAAAUGGAGAAUCAUAUGGAGAAUGCGGUUAGCUUCCCCGAGCUGAUCCGGAAGAAGAGGGAUGGGGAACAGUUCACCUCGGAGGAGAUUCGAGCGUUCGUGCUGGCCGUCAAAAACAGGACAAUUCAAGAAGCCCAGAUAGGGGCCAUGCUGAUGGCAAUUUGGCAGAAGGGCAUGGUUGCCGAGGAGACGCUGGCACUGACGCGCGAGAUGAUGCUGUCCGGAGAGGUGCUCGCCUGGCCGGCGGAGUGGGCGGGGCUCGUGAUGGACAAGCAUUCCACGGGUGGGGUGGGAGACAAGGUCAGCCUACCCCUGGCCCCGGCACUAGCGGCCUGCGGCUAUAAGGUGCCCAUGAUCAGUGGCAGAGGCUUGGCUCACACAGGUGGAACGCUGGACAAGCUGGAGUCCAUUCCGGGGUUCAGCAUCGAUCAAUCCGUUGGCCAGAUGAAGAAGAUUUUAGAGGAAGUCGGCUGUUGCAUUGUGGGUCAGACGGAGAACCUGGUCCCGGCCGAUAAGGUGCUGUACGCCAUUAGGGAUGCCACCGCCACUGUGGACAGCAUGCCACUCGUUACAGCGUCGAUUAUCUCAAAGAAAGGGGCUGAGUCUCUGUGCGCCCUGAUUCUGGACGUGAAGUACGGGAAGGCCGCUGUGUUCAAGGACAUCGCCAGCGCCAGGAAGAUGGCGCAGUCCCUGGUGGCAGUGGGGAACAAACUGGGCGUCCGCACUGGAGCCGCCCUCAGCAGGAUGGACAACCCCAUCGGGCUGUGCAUCGGAAACUCCCUGGAGGUGCUGGAGUCCCUGGAGUGCCUGAAGGGCCGUGGACCUCCUGACCUGCAGGGGCUGGUCACCUGUCUGGGAGGACGCCUGCUGUGGAUUAGUGGGAAGGCUCCCACCCCAGAGAGCGGGGAGCAGGAGAUCGGCCGGGCCUUGGCGGACGGGACGGCCUUGCGCAAGUUCCAGGCCAUGCUGGAGGCCCAGGGGGUGUCCGCAGAGAACGCCCAAAUCCUGUGCUCCACGGACGCGGACUACUUCCGAGUCUUGAGACGGGCCCAGUUGGAGGUGGAGCUAGAAGCACAGGCGGAAGGUACAGUUUUAGAGGUAAAUGCCAUUAUAAUCGCCAAAGUGCUUCACAAGUUGGGGGCAGGGCGCACAAAGGCAGGAGAGCCAAUCAAUCACAGUGUCGGGGCGGAGCUUCUGGUCACCGCGGGGAUGAAGGUAAAGAAAGGUGACCGCUGGGCCAGGGUCCACUUCGACAGGCGGCCGUUCGGUGCGGAGCUCCAGGCCCGCUUUCAGGAGGCGCUGGUGAUCGGGAGCUUGGACUGUGACCGUGCCCAGGACACCCCUCUAGUCUCUGAGUUCAUCCCUCCGGAAUGACGCACCUGGUCUGGUGUGGAACAGCCGCCGUCCUCUCUCUCUGCCGUGGGACAAUCAAACCAAGGCCUCAAUGCAACGAAAAUCGCAAACCAAUAAUCUGUAAUCUGUAAUCUGACAGCUAAUUAAAUGGAUAUUCACUGACAGUC